UAAACAAUUAUAUAUUUGUCCAUUCAUUAGUUAAAGCGUCUUCUUUCUGUUGACAAAACACUACUUUACUUUGCUGUUGAGAGUGUGUGUAAAGAAUGGGAAAUGCACUGAGAUUCCUCUACCGGAAUUGCUGCAAACCCACAACCGCAGAUGAUGACUCCUUCCCUCCCCAUGGUGUUUCGGCCGGCGGCCUCUCUGCCCUCGCCAGCGAUCUUUUCCACUUUGAUAUUACCUCUCAGGUCCCAGAAGGACUCAGUAAGCAAGUUCAUUCAUCCAAAAAUGCUCAAGCUAAAUGGUAUAGAAGACUACUAGAGGCAUGGAGAGAAGCCAAACCACCUCCAAAAACAGCUAAAGAAGCAGCUCUGCUUAUAAUCAAAACCUUGAAUAAAGUCCAGAAGUCAGAUAUAGAGGGACUACUGAGAUUCUAUGGUCUCUCAAUUCCUGAUGACACAGUUGUGGAAUUUUCUGCUGAGCUCCCAACUACAUUGCCUGAGGGAGUGCAAUUUGCGAUGCAGACCUUACCAGUUGAUCCAAGAGCUGUUCAAGAUGGGGAUUCAGUAACUGUAUAUGUAAGCACAGAAGAUCCUCGUGAGUCGGUGAGCAUUCCCCCACAGGUGAACUUAUUUGCAGGGAAACGAUUGAAAGCACGCAGCAGGAAUGACAAUGGAAAAGCAAAGGAACUCCAUGAUAAAAUUAUUAAUUCUGGUUACAGGGUACUCAAGAUAGAUGACAAGGAGAUUCUUGCUAGAAAAUAUCGAAUUCGACUAAGGGGAAUAGAUGCACCAGAACAUAAAAUGCCAUAUGGAGAUGAAGCCAAAGAUGAGCUGACUAAACUCGUACAAGGAAAGUGCCUUAGUAUUUUUGUCUAUGAAGAAGAUCAAUACGGCCGUACUGUUGGUGAUAUAUAUUGCAAUGGCAUUUUUGUACAAGAAGUAAUGCUCAAGAAAGGUUGGGCAUGGCACUAUGUAACUUAUGAUAAACGCCCCCAACUAGCUAGGUGGGAGAAAGAGGCUCGGGCCAAGAAAGUGGGAUUGUGGGCUUCACCAAAUCCAGAGAAGCCAUGGAUAUGGAGAAGGAAUAAUCCGAGAACAGAUGUAUAAAAUUGCUUCUUGCAAUGAUAUAUUCGAACAUUGAUCUGAGAGUUGUGUUUAUUGUGUUAUCGAACGUGUAUAUAUUUUAAUUCAUCUUGGACACUAUUAUUUACUCUAUGAUCAUCGGAGGACCAAUGCUUAAACCCGAGAAUGCUCCAAAAUCUUUUGGAUUGCUUGUUUGUAAAUAUACUCAAAGCUUUUUAGGGUUUGUUUGACAUAA